CCAAUAGAGAGGAGGGUGAGGGCACCACUGUUCAAAUUCGGUGUUCUUAGAGCCGCUUCAGUCUUCAGUCGACCGAUUGAGUGACAACGCGGUGCGCUCGUAUUCUGACACGCUUUACGUGUUACGUACGUCGAUGCGCUACCUCGUAGUGAUUAAAUUUUCCAAACACCGAUAAGAAAAUGGCUUUCAAUAAUGCGAUAGUGAUAUUAACAAUGGUAGUGGCCGUCGGUGCUUACACGCACAACUUAUCAGGAACGUGUCCUUCGCUGUGCAUGUGCAAAUGGAAAUCUGGAAAGCAAACCGUCGAGUGCGUGGAACGCGGUCUAAUAACCGUGCCCGAGAGUGCCGAUCCCGAAACUCAAGUUUUAGAUUUAUCCGGCAACAAUCUCCAGAUACUCCCGAGGGAAACUUUCGUGAGAUCCGGCCUUGUUAACUUGCAACGGGUGUUCUUGAGUCGAUGUCGCAUCGGUCAGAUAGACGACAAAGCCUUCAGGGGCUUAACCAAUCUAGUCGAACUCGAUUUGUCUCAUAAUUUACUGACGUCCGUGCCUUCGAUUACGUUUGCAGACACCCCUUUCUUACGCGACCUGGUUCUCUCCAACAACCCCGUGCAAAAAAUUGAUUCGAACGCUUUCCAGGUAUUGCACGCUUUGGUAAAGUUGGACCUGUCAAAUUGCGAAAUCAAAAUGAUAACGCCCAACGCGUUCGAGGGAAUUGAAAUGCUCGAAUCUCUGAAACUCAACGGAAAUCAACUUUCCGAAUUAAGACCGAAUACGGUCGAAGUGUUGAACAAGCUGCACGGCAUUGAACUACACGACAACCCAUGGUACUGCGACUGCCGCCUGCGCGUCGUCAAGGAAUGGCUAACUUACAAUAAUAUCCCUUACCCGAUAGUACCCAAGUGCGGUGGCGGACCGGAACGACUAAUUGAUAAAUCAUUUGCUGAAAUCCAGAUGGAUGAUUUGGCCUGUAAACCCGAAAUACUUCCAGUUAGCAGGUACGUGGAGGUUUUUUCUGGGGAAAAUGCCACUGUUGCGUGUCGCGCUAACGCUGUUCCGUCACCCCACAUUAAAUGGUACUGGAACGGGCGGCUUUUGGUAAAUAACUCACAAUUCUCUUCCCACCAAAAAAUCCACAUCUUCGAAACUGGACUGCAGGAGAAGAAAAGCAAUCUAGUCCUAACGAACGUACAAGAAAUCGAUUCUACUGAAUUUUAUUGUGUGGCAGAAAACCGUGCUGGCAAUUCGGAAGCCAACUAUACCCUUCGCGUCACAUCGAGACCACUUGGUAUCACUUCCUUAGGAAACGGCCAAAUCGCAGGAUUAAGUGCGGCGCUGGUAGUUUUAAUUUUGUUUAUCCUGGUGGUUAUUUUGAUACUCUUAAUGCGGCUCCGAAGGCACCCGCUAGUAGAGACCAAAACCCCCGGCCAAAUGGAGGUCAUCACUGUAGUGAACGGUUCUAAUUUGCCUAAUGGGAAAGUCGCGAUAUCGCCUAGCAAUGCCACAGUCGAGGUGCCUUCAUUUCCUGAAAGAGGACAACCCACCGAUUUAAAGUUCUGCAACCCUGUGCAAAAACCACCAAGGGUUAGCGACCUGCCGUACUCUAGCAACAACAAUGGAAUGAUGUCCGCGUCUUGCGUAUCACCAUCGUCCAAUUCCGGUAACAAUCCGGAUUUAAUAAAUGACACGAAACAACUCGGCAGCGAGGAAAUGAUUCCUGUUGCAGUUGCCGCAGAAGGUUACGAUAUGGAACGCCCCGGAAGUGGUGAAUACAGUCGAAACGCAGACUCUCUCUACCCUUCGAGUCUAUGGAACGCGGACAAUGACUUAUACAGCACCCAACGUAUGGCCAAUAACAACCCGGCGUUUAUUUUCGACGAUAGGGUGCCAAUAGUCGAUCCCAAAGUAGGUUACCCCAAAGACUACGGCCUACCGAUCACAGAAAUUGCCGCGUCGGCCACCCAGGUGAGUCUACCGACAAACACAAAGACUUUGAGGGUGUGGCAGAAAGGUGGUGUGCCAGUGUUACCCCCGGUUACUGCUCUGAAGCGAGCUUUGAGUAGUAAUCGCAAUUCGCCAGACGAAGGUUACCAAGAAGGAUGUGGCACCGAUGUCUAAACCGCUUCAUGCAAUAGCAGUAGAUAAUACCAAAGACUAGAGGUUCCUAUGAACGAUGUUUGUUAUAACGAGCUGUGACAGAAAAUUCAUUGUGAAUUGAAAAGUGAAUUGCGUUUUAGCAAAUAAAGUAAACUAUGGCAAACCCCAGUGCUGUGAAAAUUAAUAGAAUGGUGUUGUAUAUAGUGUAUAAUUUCCCUAUGUGAUGAAUAAGAGACUCUAGUGUGGUUGUUAAAAAAAGUAUUUUUUGUUGGUCGCAGUAUACAUGGUAACAAGACUGACUACCUAAAGCACAUGUAAUCGUAUAUUUGUAAUUUUUGCAAGUAAUCUAGGAAAUGCUCUAGCUAAAGGUGGGUGGAGUUGUAUUUUUUGUUGAUGCACAUUAGUUUCACUCAUUUCGCACUUAUUAUUCAGUGACAAGACUUAAUUUCCUGGUACUAAUUUAAACGGUUCUAACAUUUAAUUGGAUAAAUAGAAAAAACGACCCCACAAUGUAACAUUAGUUGUAAAUACUUAUACGUAAAUUUAAACUAUUUCAACCGGCAUAAGUUAUUUAUUUUUGUAUUUUUAGAAAACUAUUUAACGAAAGACAUCAAACUGUUGUUUUAAUAAAAAAAAAAUCUAGAUUAAUACGUGGUCCCUUGUAACAGAACUUGUUAAAUGUCUUGGAUAUUAUGCAGUAUUGUGUAACGAGAAUUAAUAUACAUCAGUAUUCUUAAUGUUUUCGGAUUGUAAAUAUGUGUGAAAACAAAUGGUAAAACUUUUGUUUAAAUAAACUCAUAAAUAUUU